AUCCGACCCCAGGACAGCAGCAGCUUAAUUAAGUUCAAUUUCCAAAUUGACGACAAUUUACAAACAAAAGUGAUUAUCAGGCUGUUAAACUUUUGCUGUCAAUUUGCGAAAUAUCACGUUUAAUUUUUCUCUUUCCUCUAAGUUCGAGAAAACCCGAAGGUGUUUCAUUGGCCUGUCUAGUCAUGUAUAAAGAUAUAUAUAUCUUUAGUUUGGAUGAUGCUUAAUGCAUCAUCAAUAUUUUUUGCAUACGUGACUUGUGUAAUUUUAGCCUAUAAAUUAAUACUGGAUUGCAUCAAUAAUAAAUUAUUUAUAAUUCUAUAUAAACCAGUGAAAUUUACUAUUUAAGAUGGGUAAUCAUUCAACUCGGCAUAAUGAUAAAUUAGAACAAAAACAUCAGCAGUCAACUGCAACAACAAAUAACAAAGUACCUAAAUCUAUUUCACGUAGUACUUCCAGUAAUGAAAUAGAACAAAAUUUCACAACCCAUUUUCUUCCCAUCGACAAAUUAAGCAAAAUUUUGGCUGAGCAUAGUCAGUACGAAGAUAAUAUUCAUCAUGCUAUUUCAGAAAAUGUAUUUAUUAAGUAUUUAUUUCCACAUUAUCCGCAGUUAGGUUUAAGGUUAUUCAAAUACCUUCUUGCUUCAUCACAAAAAAACUCAUCAGAACAUCUCGGAAUAUCAACAUUUAAACAACAAGUUGAGAAAUUAUUAUCUUUGAUGAAUGAUCGAAUAAUAUUAGAUAAUUACGUUAAAAUUUAUUGUAACUCGCAAGAAAAUAGUGAUAUGACUCCGGAAACGUUAAAAGAGUUACUGAUGAUUUCUUAUCAAUCAGCAACAGAUAGUGAACCAAAUUCUUGUCCAUAUAUACAUAACACUAUUCAUACUGUUGUUACCUCAUGUUUUCAUGGGAAAGAAACUCUUUCAAUAAGUUACGUAAGUAAUUGGUUGUGGCAGCAUUGUCCUCGAGUAAUAACGGGAAUACAUAGAAUGAUUGUCCAUGUAUUCACUAUCGCCUAUCGUUAUGGCCAAAAUCUUUUAUUAAGUGAAGAAUUACAACUUCAUAUGGAAUCAAUUACUCCAGUGCUGGAAAAAGCCGUUUUUUUUGAUAAGCCUGAAAACUUGUUGCCUCUUAGUCAUGUAUGGUUAUUAUCUAUCUCUUUACCUCUUAUUUACAUUCAGACUGAGGAUUCGUCAUUAGACAAUAAUACGGCUAAGAUACUUCCGAUAUCUAGAAAUCCUUGUCCUAGUCACUGGACUUUGUUAUAUAGCAGUGAUGAACAUGGAACAGGAGUCAAUCGUUUUCUUCAUCAUGUAUUAGGGUAUCGGGGUCCAACGAUAGUAAUUAUCAAAGGAGAUAGCGGCAGUGAUCAGCAGAUUAUUUAUUGUAUAUGUAGUGCUGUUGAAUGGCGAGAGUCUCAUCUUUAUUGGGGGGAUGAUGACUCUGUUAUUGUUGAAUUAUAUCCUACUUAUAAAGUGCUUCAAAAAAAAUCAAAAAUUUUGUACUUAAAUACUAGUAUUAGAGGAUAUCCUUAUGGAUUAAGAGCUGGAGAUGACCCACGCAAUCCUAUUAUUAAUAUUGAUCAAUCGUUUCAUUCGGUUGAUUUUGGAGGUGCACCUCAUCGUAUUACAAGUAUUGAAGUAUGGGGUUGUGGUGAUAGAAAAUCAAGAGAACGACAAUUAGAAGUUAAGAAAUGGCAAUUACAAGAAGCUGAAAAACAAAGAGUUGUAAAAUUAAGCCCUAAUGAUUGGUUGGAUCAUCCUGAUCGUUACUUAUUAGAGUUAGCUGGUCGACAGUCUUACAAUAAUGCUGGUAGUUGAAGGUGUUUCUGUAAAAAUAGUUUGUUCAUAUGUAUAUAAAUUCGACUGUAAGAAAAUUAAUCAUCUCGCAUGUUUCAUUUCGAACUUCUGAAUUAAAUGAGAAAAAUAAAACAAACCAUAAAAAUUAAGGGAAUUCUCCCAAAGCUGUCUGUAUUGUAUUUUCAAAAUCAGUUACGCUGUCUAGCGUCGGAACCUAGAACUAAAACAAUAAAAAUUUAAUUGGAUCGUCGAAAAAAAUAUAAACUCUAUGCUCCAAGGUAAAUUUUAUUCAACUAGAUGCUAAAGAUAAUUAUAUAAAAUGAAAGUUAAACUAAUGUAGGUUAAACACGAAACUAAAAAUGAAAUUUUGGAUAAUAAUUUGUCGGAAGAUUAUUUCCAUGCAUAGAAAAUUGAAUAUUCUUCUCUACUUGAGUAAUCAAAAUAAAUAUUACGAUAAUUUGGAUUUUUUAAGCCAAUAAUUAUUCUAUAAUUUUUUAAAUUAAAUUUGAGUUAGAGAUAUAUCUGUAGAUCUUGUUGUAUUGUAUUGUAUUGUAUUGUAUAUGUACAUAUAUAAAUAUGUUGAUUAGGGUGGUUCGUUUGGAAUGACUUUUUUUUUAAUCCCACUUCAAAUAUAUUGUUGUAGACAUUAAAAAAAAAUUCCCUGAAAGUUUCAGCUCUUAAUUUUGAUUUCAAGUACUUUACAUUUGAUUUUGAAUUUUUCCCAUAUAAAAUAUAUAGGAAAGUAAGGAUAUUUUUUUUUAGUUCUCUCGAGCUCAGCUGUAUUUCAAGUUAUCGGGUCGCCGUUUGCGGCAUUUUAUAGGUAAUUAAAUACUUUGUAAAAGUCUCCAUAGUAAUUUUACUGAGAUUUUGAUUGUUUUUUUCUGUAUUGAAUCGGAAAGUCAAUUUUUUUCAUAAUAAUUUGGGUUUUUAGUUGACAUUGACUAAAUCACGAAAUUUACUGUAAAAAUGUAGAUAACGAUUUUUUAGGAAAUUUGAUUCUCUACAAAAAAGGUCCUCUUAGUUAAAUGGCUCAAGUUUUUCGUUCACGUGAUGUAGGGAGUUUAUUAAUUUGUAAAUAAAAUAUUUGUUUUAAGCUUCGAUCAAAUGCCUUUUAAUUUUAAUUAAAAUUCAGUAAAUUAUUUUCUUUUUAAUAAUUAAAGCCAUUCAUAAAAAUAAAAAAGGUUAAAUUUGAUAAGCUUCGAAAACAUUUUUGACAAAUAUUUUAUUCAUAAAAUUGCUAUAUCACAUGAACGAAGAAUUUGAGCCACUUAACUGAGAGGAUCUUUUUUGUAGAGAAUCAAAUUUCCUAAAGAAACCUUAUCUGCAUUUUUACUGUAGAUUCCGUUAUUUAGUCAAUAUUAACUAAAAACCCAAAUUAUUAUUGAAAAAAUAAUUUUCAGAACGAGUACAGAAAAUACAUUUAAAAUCUCAGUAAAAUUACUAAGGAGACUUUUGCAAAGUAUUAAAUUACCUAGGAAAUGCCGCAAACGGCAACUGAGCUAUAGGGAAUUUAAAAAAAGAUCCCAACUUUCUUAUGUAUUUUACAUGGGAAAACUUGAAAAUCAAAUGUAAAAUACUUAAAAUUAAGAGCUAAAACUUUCAGGAACUUUUUUUUCAAUGAUUACAAUAUUUUAAAGUGGGAUUGAAGAAAAAAAAAUAUUCGUUCCAAACGGACCGCCCUAAUGGUGAUAUCAAAAUUUUUUCAAUUUUAUUGACAUGUGUAAACGAAAUUAAA